AUGGAACAAAUGCUACAGACCGUCCUCUUCCUGUCUGCAGUAGAAUCUGCUUUCGCCAGACAACCCAGUCAACCUACCAUCAACGUAGCUGUUGUACUCGGAGGAUCUUGGUACCACAUGGAAAUCAGGGGCAGCUUUAAUCAAGAGACCUUCCAGGACCUGCCUGUACAAAUCAACACCGUCACAGUAGUAGUUAACAACACCAAUCCCAGCAGCCUGAUCACUCACAUCUGUGAUGCACUGGCCAAAUCCAGGAUCCAUGCUGUUAUUUUUGAGGACGAUAUUGAAUCUGAGGCUGUGGCACAAAUUCUGGAUUUUACCUCUGCAGAAGUGUCAGCUCCAAUCAUAGGGAUGAGUGGAGGCUCUACUGUUGUGCUCACUCCAAAGGAGCAGCAUUCUGGAUUUCUACAGUUGGGUGCUUCAAUGGAACAGCAGAUCAGGGUCAUUUUCAAAGUAAUGGAAGAGUAUGAUUGGGGGAGCUUUGCCAUCAUUACCAGUUAUUUCCCUGGAUAUCAGGAAUUCAUUACUCACAUUCAGCUUUUUAUUGAAACCAGCUAUUAUGGGUGGGAAAUUGAACAGACUCUUACUCUUGAAAUGAUAAAAGAUGAGGACAAUUUCAAAACAAAGAGACUUCUGCAGCAGAUUGAUGCACAGGUUCUGAUUCUAUAUUGCUCAAGAGAGGAGGCAGAAAAUCUGUUUGAAUUGGCUGAACAAGUUAAUCUCCUUGGCCCAGGCUAUAUCUGGAUACUGUCCAGUAUCGCAGUGGGCAGCAUGGAACGAGUGGCAAAACAAUUUCCAGUCGGAUUAAUCAGCGUCAUGACGGAGAGAUGGAAGAUGAGCUUGAAGCAGCGGGUGAGGGAUGGAGUGGCAAUCGUCGCAAAAGGUGCAGAAAGUUUUUAUAAAACAUACGGAUACAUGCCGGGACCAAGUGCUGACUGUCGCCAUCCAGCUCGAGGGGCCACAAGAAAUAUACUGUACAGGCACAUGUUGAACAUUACCUGGGAAGGUAAAGACUUCUCUUUCAAUGAGGAUGGCUAUUUGGUGAGACCAUCGAUGGCUGUGGUAACACUGAACCGAAGCAGAUUUUGGGAAAUGGUUGGAAGAUGGGAAAAUGGCUUGAUAAGAAUGAAAUAUCCAGUGUGGCCAAGAUAUGGAAAGUUUCAGCAACCUGUAACUGACAGUGCACAUUUAACUGUUGCCACAUUGGAGGAGAGGCCAUUUGUGAUUGUGGAAGAAGCAGAUCCUGAAGAUGGAGCGUGUGUACGGAAUACUGUCCCCUGCAGGAAGCAAGCAAACCUGAGUGAAAGCAUUGCAGAGACGUACACCAAGCUGUGUUGUAAAGGAUUCUGCAUCGACAUCCUGAAGAAACUUGCAAGAACUGUCAAAUUUUCCUAUGACCUUUACCUCGUGACCAAUGGGAAACACGGCAAGAAAGUUCGGGGAACCUGGAACGGAAUGAUUGGAGAGGUUUUCUACCAGCGAGCAGACAUGGCCAUCGGAUCUCUCACCAUCAAUGAAGAGCGCUCGGAGAUUGUGAGUUUUUCUGUCCCCUUUGUGGAAACAGGAAUCAGUGUGAUGGUGGCCAGGAGCAAUGGUACUGUCUCCCCAUCAGCUUUUCUUGAACCUUACAGCCCCGCAGUGUGGAUGAUGAUGUUUGUGAUGUGUCUGACGGUGGUUGCUCUCACAGUCUGUCUAUUUGAGUACUUCAGUCCCGUUGGAUAUAACAGAAACCUCAUGAACGGCAAAAUUACAGGAGGGCCAACAUUUACCAUUGGGAAAUCAGUGUGGCUCCUCUGGGCACUUGUCUUCAACAAUUCUGUCCCCAUCGAAAAUCCUAAAGGAACAACAAGCAAAAUCAUGGUCUUAAUCUGGGCUUUUUUUGCUGUCAUCUUCCUGGCAAGUUAUACAGCAAACUUGGCAGCAUUUAUGAUUCAAGAGCAGUUCAUUGACACUGUCUCUGGUCUCAGUGACAAAAAGUUUCAGAAGCCACAAGAUCACUAUCCGCCGUUUCGAUUUGGUACGGUUCCCAAUGGCAGCACAGAGCGGAAUAUCAAGAACAAUUAUCCAGACAUGCAUGCUCACAUGACCAAAUAUAAUCAACGUUCUGUGGCAGAUGCUCUUGACAGUUUAAAAUCAGGGAAGCUUGAUGCCUUUAUUUAUGAUGCAGCUGUUCUUAAUUAUAUGGCUGGGAAGGAUGAGGGCUGUAAACUCGUUACCAUCGGAAGUGGCAAAGUAUUUGCAACGACUGGUUACGGGAUUGCUUUGCAGAAAAACUCCAAAUGGAAGAGAGCCAUUGACCUGGCCCUCUUACAGUUCCUGGGUGAUGGAGAGACCCAUAAGCUGCACACUGUGUGGUUGACAGGAAUCUGUCAGAAUGAGAAGAAUGAGGCAAUGAGCAGCAAAUUGGACAUUGAUAAUAUGGCUGGUGUCUUCUACAUGCUCCUGGUGGCUAUGGGCCUCAGUCUGCUGGUCUUCGCUUGGGAACAUCUGGUUUAUUGGAAGCUGAGACAUCAUGUGAAGAAAUCCAGCAAGACAGAUUUUCUUCUGGCAAUCAGCAGGGGAAUCUACAGUUGUUUCAGUGGUGUACAGGAAGUCUCCAGCCCACUCCAUGUGGCCUCUCCUAUUGUCUCCUCGAGCUUUUCUCAGGCCAAUAUGAAGAAGAUGUUGCAGGCGGCCAAAGAUUUAGUCUCAUCCACAAACGUGGAAAAUUCUUUGGAGAACGCAACAAAAACAAUAGAACAUUGGACACGUGCAGGUGAAAACCUCACAAACAGACUUCCUAAAGCACCAUCACAGCAGAUUGAAGGGUCAGAGGCCAUGGAUAGCCAACUUUCAGUUCCCUAUAUUUCUAACAGACACCAACUUUGCUACCUUCCAGCAACAUUAUCUCCAUCUCUGGCUUCUGAACGUGAGACAAGAUGGUCAGGUCGACCAAUAAUUAAAUAUAAGAACAGACUAGAAAGCAAAUAUGUAGCUUCAAAACCUUUUACUGUGAUUCACAACCCUCAUUCCAUGACAUCAAAUGAGUUCCCUAUGCACUCCCAACAUACCAGGGGAACUGAUAUGAGAAAAGACUUGGAAUCCCCUUAUAUUCCAUUUAUCAGCAAUAAUGAAUUACAUCACCAGGAUAUUUAUAACAGAAAAUAUUUUGCAAGACGACUAUCGUUACCUUGUAGGAAGUUGGCCAGUUGCUCUGCAGGGCAUGUGGCUUCUCAGAGUGGGACAAAGACAGUGCCUGCAGUGAAAUCUUGUACUGGAUUGAAUGAGAAAUGGCCUGUGCGAAACUUGCACCAUCCAGUGUCAUAUCCCAACCUGACCAAUUGUAGUUCAUGUAUGAGACUUUACUCUGGGUCACAGUCAGAAGAACUACCCUCACUGACCAGACGAUCUUCAUAUAUUAAAGCAACAAAGGAACCAGAGGAAACCUCUAGGUUUCAAGUCAGAACAGUAAACUUCGAAAAGCUGGGACGGCGAGGAGAAAUUACUGAUCUGUUCUCCAGCCUGAACAAUGAAUUUCUGGAACCAAGAAGGGACACUACCAAGCAUUCCUCAGAUCGGAGAGAAGCAGUCCUGGGUCAUGACAAGAAGUUCUUGUAUUCCAGCUCACCAGGUAGACCCAGGUAUUCUCCACCUGCCAGACUUCCCUCAUACAGAGAGGCCUGCCUGCAAAACUCAGCUGCUCUGAGACAUGCCUCCACAGAACUACACCAACAGUCAUGGUCACAUUCCUGUCCUAGUCCCUCCAUGUACGUCUGGCAUCGCCGUGUGGGCUCCCAACAUUUCAAUUGGUUGAUUGGAUCAGGACACCAAUCCUGUGACAGAGACAUUGUGAUGAAGUACUUAGAAAAAAGGACUCCAUACCAUGACAAUCCUGCGAGGGAGCCCACGGCUGGAAGGAGCAGAAUGGUUGACCAUAGGGUGACAGCUAGAGGAUGCGAGGAGCUGGAGGCUGGAAGAGCAGGAGUCAGUUGUACUCAUUUGAGAAAAUCGUGUGCAAGGUUUUCCAGCCUUGAAUCUGAGGUAUAG